GCUACUGCUUCUGUAGCGAGUGAUACCCAGAAAUGUCACAGCAGGAGCUCUCCCAGACCCAUGAGGCCAUCCGCCGCGAGCAAAUUGAAACGCUGGAGAAGCUGCGCUCUGCGCGCGCGCGGCUGGGCGUAUGCAACACGGCGCUGGUGGAGGUGCUGGGCCAGCUGACGGGCGCAGGCCGAGCGGUGGCAGGCGACUUGCGCGGCAUGCGUCAGGACAUGGAUGCAGCCUACGCGGCACUCAGGCUGGUAGAAAGGAGCCUGCCCCCGCCGCGCCCCGACAGCGACGCCAUCACCCCGGCCACCGCCGCCACCGUCGCCUGCGCUGCCGUCACCAUCAUCAUCCCGGCCCCUGCCGCUGCCCCCAUGCCUGCCGCCGCUGUCAUCCCGGACCCUGCCGCCAUCACCGCCACACACCGGGAUGGCUGAGGCUGCGGCGCUUUUCGCCGGGGGGGGGGCCGCCGCUUACGGCCGCAGCUGCCGCUGCCGCCCCCCAGCGCUGUGGCUGGUGCCCGCACUGCUCAUGCCCACGCCUUGACAGCUACCGGCGUGAAAAAUGUACCGCCAGGUGUCAACGGCAGUAGCCGCAGCAACGGCAGCAGCAACACGUCAGGGCCUUCGUCAUCGCCAGCAUUAGAAGCAGCAGCAGUAGCAGGCGUGAGCUAGGCGGCUUCAUUCGGGUGCGUGGCAAACGGCGCAAGGUGGCGUGGCAGAGCGGGCGGGCGCUUAUGCUGUCCACGCGUGGACCGCUUCAGGAAUUGAGGAGCGAUGAGGAUUGCUGGUGAGGAGAUGCAGACUUGCAGCUGUUGCCGGGUGUUGCCGGGCGAGGCACGGGCCGAGGAGACAGCCGCCGGGCACGAACCUAGGCCCAGGGAUGCUGGCGGGUUUGCGGUGCCAUUAACCGCACUCUGCCAGACACCAGCGAGCGGGAAUAGCACAUUUGGGGCAUUGAGCUCUCUCUUGGGCACGCUACAGAGAGGGAGCUUGACCAACAAGCUCAAUGGCGGGGAGUUGCAAACCGCGAGGUCCUUCGCUCGAG